AUGAGAAAAAAUAUGAACUAUUCAGAUUAUAAGUGGAGGGAGCAAACUUCAUCAAGACUGAAUAGGCCUAAAGUAAAAGAUCCUGCUUGUGAAAAUGGAAAAUCUUUAUCUACCACUAAUAGCUUUGCUAAGAAACAUCAAAGGAAUCUAUCAUUACCAAUUAAUAAUGUUUUCGAGCCAUUAAAAGUAAAUUAACAUUUUUAAAUAGAAACUAUUCAGAGAUAUCUAAUGAAUUGAUACAUGUUUUUUUAAUUUUAGACAAAACCUGAUACAAACUCUUCAACUUCAAUGUCUAAUUCUCGAGGUAUGAUAAAAACCAGAGUUAAUAUCAAGAAACUAAUUUCAAAAUGUGAAUAUUAUUUUUUCAAUUUUCUUUUUUUAUAGGCAAUGGAUUAUCUUGUUCUAGUCCAGUCCACAAAAAUUACCAAGAAUCCAAUGAAUGUGAUAACGAUUCAUCAUCCAAUAGUGACACUGGAAGUACAGGCACUUAUAUUAUUGAGAGAACCGAUACAACCCACAAUAAUAAAUCCGAGGAGUUACCUACUUGUGAUGAUAGUGGGGUUGAUGAUUUUAAAAAAUCAAAUUCAAUGGUUAAAGUAAUAAAUACAUAUUUCUGUAUAAAGACAAUUUGUAUUUUCUUGAUAAAAUUAAAUUCAUAUUUGUUUUUGGAUUUUCAGAAAUUGCGGUCUAGUUGGGUCAAUGAAUGGCAUUCAAAAUUAAAUCAAAAUAAGUCUACUCGGUCAAUUGCAUUACCAGAACAUUUGCCCAUACCAAAAUCUGGUAAAUUUAUUACUUGUUAAUGAAAACUAACCAUAUCCAGAAUAAAUAAUUAAUAAUCUUUAUUUAAUUUUCAGAUUUGGUACCAAAUUCACCAAUUUUAAGAAAACACAUUAGGAAAUCAAAUAUUCCACUGCCAAAUGCAUCUAGUAUGAAAGACUUGAGUGUACGGUUUAUUAGAAUAAAAUUAAUAGACCAUAAUAUUAGUGGCAGCUCACAAUGCUGAUGAAUAUAGGGCGACAAUAUGAAAAAGUCUUCUGUUUUAAAAUUACAGAAAUACUUAUAACAACACACAUAUUUUUAUAAAAGCAAACAACUUUUUUACGAUUUAAUGACCUCUCUCUGGGAUUACUCUCUGGGAGCUUAUGAAUUGAAAAGACUUCAUUAUUCUUGAUAUUAGUAUUUUAUUAUUGUUGGGACAAUGGACAGUGUCAUCCAAAUGCUAGCAUCCGCAGUUUAAAUUUUUUCGCACCCAUAUGAUCAAUAGGUGUCUUACCACACUUGCCACUUUGCACCUAUCAGCAUAUUGGAUCCUUGGUACUCCUAUAAAACUAUACACUUAGAGUGUGGCCCUGUCCUCUAAGCCACAAGCCACUACUGCAUAAUAUGUUCUAUCAAUACAUUUCAGAUAAUAAUUAUUAAUUUAUUGAAUUUUAUAGGAAAAUGGUAUUAAAAGUAUAAGUAGUGAUGAUGACACCAAAUUGCUUUUAAAAGAUGCAGAAAACUGUGUGUCUAUAUUGGAAGCUAAAGUGGAAAAAACUGCUCAUACUGCUAUUCAGUAUAAUCGAACUUUUAAGUAUGUUGUAUUUUAUAAACCUGUUUAAAUAAAUGUGACAUUUUAAAAAUGUAUACAUGUAUUUUAGCUUGCGUCGUGAUAGGUUUGCCAAGCCAUUACAAGAUACAAAUAAAAAACCUGUAGACACCAAGACUUCCAGUGAUAAAUCCAACUUACAUAGACCAUCCAGUCAAAAUCUAAGUUCUUCCUUGUCAAGAGUAGAUUGUGGACGUUAUAGUUUGAGAACAUCUAGAGCACCUCAGCCGAAUUCAGUAUGCUAAUGUUUAUACAUUUUUAACAUAAUAUAAAAUUAUUAAUAUUUUGUUUUAUUUUAUUUAAGUCACCAUUAUUGUCUGCUCGUAAAAAUUUAUCAUCAAAAAAAAAGUGGAACUCAAGCAUACUUUGCACCAAAGUUCAAAUUCCAAAUAAAGAAACAGAAUUGGAAAAUUGGAAACGCCGUAAGAAUUAUGAUCCAAUGAAGGCAGCUGCACAAGGAAAAAAAAAAGAUCAACAUAAACCAUCAUUUUCUAAAGAGUAAGUAAUGAGGUUUUUAUUUUAUGAAAACUUUUAAAUUUGUUUUUUUUUUCUCAUAGAAAAAGUAUUGAAAAUUCUGGUAAUCCAGUACUGAGGUCAGCAUCUUUUCAUGGCCGAGAUGUGUUUUCACAGGAUGAUGAGAGUGACGCAUGGGAACAGAAAAGUUUGCAUUAUUAUCAACCUGUGGAUGAUUGUCAUAAACUACCACAACCACCAGCAGUGAGUGCUGAGUACAUUAUAUUAAUACAAGUUAGGGUACAUGAUCAUUUUCUCUGUACUGUUUUUGUUCGUAAGUCAUUGAUAGUAAACUGAAAGUAAAUGAAGUUUUCACACUAGACAGUUACCACAGUUUCCAAUAUUUGUGUACAUGGUGAUACAAAAGCAAUAUGGCAAUGGUAUGUUUUCAACUCAUGUUGCAAGAAAUUAGAAAAAUUAUUUAUACAAAGCUACCACAGAUAUAAAAUACUAGAUGGCUAACUUGUUAUACACCAAGGUACUAAAGUUGAAGCCAGUUUUCAUAUAUGUGUAGGGCAAUAUUUACAUUUUUCAAUUGUGGUUAUCAUUUUAUCACACGAAUAUAAUACAUUUCAAUUUCAUUUCAAAAAUUCUACCAGAAAUCUUGCGCAGGUAUAUAUGAUAAAAGACACAUUUAUGGAAUAAAAUUUUCUUAGGGUGGUGCUUUAAGGAGGUAAUUUUUUGAUUUCUCAAUCAUUAUUUGUUAUCAGUGUCAGGUUGAAGUAUGAACACUAUUCAGUUGUCUACACCUCAAUGUGCUGACACAUUUGUCAUACUACCUAUUUCAUGUAUUGUUUUGUGGUGAUGUAGCGCUCUGAUUCAAUGGUUAAAUUCUGAGCAAUAUCAAAUGUCAAAUUGAAUGGCACACAAUAUCUAAAGCGAACAUACCCAUAAAAUUACAGCUUGCUCUGUUUUGCAUGGGUUCAUGCAUCAGAUGCAGAUCGUGUCAACAGUUGUGUAAAACAGCUGUCUGGUAAAGCAGCUUGUGGCAUUAGAUUUGCAUUAUGUAAACUCAGCUUAAGAGAUAUUUUUGACCAUAGCACAAAUAACAAUUGAUCUUAGGAUAAUCCCUAUUUGUAUGAGACAUAUGUGAUCAUAUGUGAUAACUUGUGACCUAGCAAGCAGCUAGACCUUAUUUUGUAAUAUUGUGACACAUAUUUUCUAUUCAUUUAGGAAAAGUGAUUAAAUUAUUACACAUAAUAUAAUAUGUAAAAUUUGAUUUGUUUUUCGUGUACUUAAUAUUUGAAUUGUACAGUAAUAUUUAUAAUAAUGNUUGUGUACAUGGUGAUACAAAAGCCAUAUGGCAAUGGUGUGUUUUCGACUCAUGUUGCAAGUCAACUGAGUUGAAAAAGUAAAAUGUAAGCCCGAUUAACCAGAUGAUUCACCAGGAAGAAUGUGAAAACAACUUUCGCCUAUUUGUACAGAUCAAAAUCAUACAAUUUAAACAGUCUUGUAUGAAAGAAGCCUUACAUUAUUGUAUAUUAUGUCUUUAACCACACUUAGUUACAUCCCACCGAUAAAUAAAAUUUUAUAAAGGGUGAUAAUAUAUAAUUCAAAUAAAAACUCAAAAGUACCCAUAAUCUAGAUUACAAAAUUCAAUUAUACAGAAAGUACAAAAUAUAUGAUAUCACUUAUUAAUCUUAGUGAUAUGACCAUAAUUUAAAAAUGUCUUUAUUUAAUCUUAUUUUCUUGCAACAAAAUAUAAAUAAACAUGUAACUAUAAUAUAUAGCCUAACCUAACCUAACCUAACUUAAGUCACAUUUUAAAAGGUAUAUUGAGUAUAAACUACUUAGAUGAGUAAAUAAAUUAUUUAUAAGAGAAUACAAUUUUAAAGCUGAGUUUACACUACUAAUGUGCUAGACAAAAACUGACAUGAUUCAACCAAUGUCAACAUUGGGCAUCUUCUCUUGUAAAUCUAUACCAUGGGGAAUUCAGUUGUUUGAUUCCUAUUGUGUGAAUGUGUAGUACACAUUCAAAACAUUCAUAGUGUACACUAUCUCCUAUAGGGUGUAUUCACUAUGAAGUAGAUCAUCAUACAUCAGAAGAUUUAUGGUAAAAAAGUUACCUACAAAAAAAUGAAACAUCUUUGUAAAACCCUAAAUUAUUUCGCUCAAUUCACAUUUAAAAAUUAAAAAAUUAUAUAAAUCAACUAUAUUUUAAUUUAAAACCAUUGAUUAACUAAUCAAAACCAAUUGGAAAACCGUAAACACACUGGGGUUGGCAUUUGAAAUUAAAUUUUUAUCCAAAAUGACCACUGAUAUAAAAUACUAGAGAGCUAACUUAUUAUACACCAAGGUACUAAAGUUGAAGCCAGUUUUCAUAUAUGUGUUGGGCAAUAUUUACAUUUUUCAAUUGUGCUUAUCAUUUUAUCACACGAAUAUAAUAUAAAAUUUUCUUAGGGUGGUGCUUUACGGAGGUAAUUUUUUGAUUUCUCANCCUCAAUGUGCUGACACAUUUGUCAUACUACCUAUUUCAUGUAUUGUUUUGUGGUGAUGUAGCGCUCUGAUUCAAUGGUUAAAUUCUGAACAAUAUCAAAUGUCAAAUUGAAUGGCACAUUAUAUCUAAAGCGAACAUAUCCAUAAAAUUACAGCUUGCUCUGUUUUGCAUGGCUUCAUGCAUCAGAUGCAGAUCGUGUCAACAGUUGUGUAAAACAGCUGUCUGGUAAGGCAGCUUAUGGCAUUAGAUUUGCAUUAUGUAAACCCAGCUUAAACAUUUUUUUUGACCAUAGCACAAAUAACAAGUUAAUAAUUAUAGUCAAAUUUAUAAAACUGUUUAAAGAUCUGAUGUUAAAUGAUAUUAUUAUGUAAUUUUAUUAGACAUCAAGAGAUCAUUCACCUCCAUCCAAAAACGAAAAUCUUUCUUCAUCAGUAAAUUCAUCGUUGGCCAUGUUACCCACUUUGGUUAGUUAACAUUUGUUUCAAUUUUUUACUAAAAUUGUGUAAAAAAUAACUAUAAAUUGUAAAUAAUAUCAAUGUAGAUAACAGCACACAAUGGUUCACCUACAUUUUUGCAUAAAUCACUGUCUGCGUUUAAUAGCUCUACAAGUUCAUCACUAGAUGUUAGUUCAAUGGUAAAAAGUUACUAAAUAUUGACUUUUCAUUAAAUUUGUAUUGAUAGUGUGUUUAAUUUUCAGCCAGAUGCUUUAUUUGAUGACAAAGAAGCAUUGGAUAUGGUUCAGUUAUCAUAUAAAGCCAAAAAACAUGGUAUUGAACUUAUGAAAAGAAUAAGGUAUGUAAUAUAUUUAUUUGUUUUUAUUGCUAACUGUGUAUAUUUAAAUAAAUUACACAUAAUAUUGUUUCAUUUAUUUUAUAUAGAGAGGAGUUACCAGAAUAUGAUGAUGCACAACUUACUGAUAGUAUAGCAAAAAUCGACUUAAUGUGUGAUGAAUACCAUGUACCCAUGAAAUCUUGGGGAAUGUCUGUAACUGCAACUAAUAUUAACUGUAUUAAUAGUAUAUUCAGUAGUAAGUAG